AAAAUGUCAUCAACAGAGGCCAGUUAGCAGCUUACUGUAACAAACUGCUUUAAAUCAGCGCAACAGUGUUGUAGUGUUCAAUAUAAAAGCUAUGAAUGUUAGGGUUUUGUAAUCUGAAUCGAUUGUAACCAGGAGGGCGUGUUUGGCGUCAGCACGGCUUCCUGUUCCCAGUCUGGAGGAAAGUGCUCUUUCAUAAGUAAAUACAGCAGUUAUUGCUCUGAUCGUUUGAACAUGUUUACCGUUCUGCUCAUUUGCGGAGGACUCGUCGGGUUUUAUCUGCUGCUGCGCGUGACGGUGUUUCAGCUGCCAAAAUGUAAAAGUACAGCAAAGCUGCAUGGGAAGACCGUGAUCGUGACCGGAGCAAACACGGGAAUCGGCAAAGCCACCGCGCUGGAUCUGGCAAGAAGGGGAGCUCGUGUGGUUCUAGCCUGCAGGGAUGAAGGCCGAGCUCAGGCUGCUGUCACACACAUCCGGAGGGAAUCAGGAAACAGUGAGGUGUUGUAUAUGCACUUGGAUCUGGCCAGUCUGAAAUCUGUGAGGUCUUUCGCUGAAAACUUUCUCAAGAAAGAAUCCAGGUUGGACAUUCUCAUCAACAAUGCAGGACUUGUUGUUGGUGGCAAGACUGAGGAUGGCUUUGGAAGGAUCUUUGGCAUCAAUCACCUCGGCCACUUUCUGUUAACCAUCCUGCUGCUGGAAAGGUUAAAAGAGAGCGGCCCCAGCAGAGUUGUGACAGUCUCUUCAAUGGCCCAUUCGGGGGGGAAAAUUGAUUUCGACUGCAUCAACACUCAUAAAGAUUUGGGUUUAGGAAAUUCCACAUUGGCCUUAUUAAUGUUGUACAGUCACAGCAAACUCUGCAAUGUCCUCUUUACGCAUGAACUGGCCAAGAGACUCAAAGGCACAAAUGUCACCUGCUACAGUCUUCAUCCAGGGGCCAUCAAAACGGACAUCGGUCGGCACAGCAGUCUAUGGUGGCAGCUGUUCAUGGCACCGAUUUUGCUGCUUUUCUUUUCAGACGUGGAAUCUGGAGCUCAGACAUCUCUUUACUGUGCACUUCAAGAGGGUAUUGAACCCCUGAGUGGACGCUACUUCUCUAGCUGUGCAGUGCAGAAUGUUUCUGCUAAAGCCAGAGAUGAUGCAGUAGCCAAAAAGCUUUGGGAAGUCAGCGAGAGGCUGGUUGGUUUAGCGUGAAAUUAUCAGUUUCCUUAUGCACUUGCACAGUGUAUUUAGUGGCACCUGUGUUGGAUAAAUCUGUUUCUGCAUAUUAUAAAAAGCCUGUGUCAAAUAUGCUCUGACCACAACAAACAAGCUUUUUAAUUCUUAUAAUAAAAAUGUUCUUUGAUUGUUUUACA